CAAUUUUAUCAUGUCCUAUUAGCUUCAACCUUGUGGUUUCCUGAAAGGACUUUGCCACCACACAAGGCAUUAGGUUCGACCAUCAUGAGGAACUUCAGUAACUGCAAAUGGCAGGCCAGGAAUUUGCUCAGUUGUAUCCUUUUGAAGAAAAACGCAUAAUAGAGAGAGUCCAAGAAAAGUACUUUGCUUUACUUUUCUGAUAUAGUUGAGUGAAAAAGGCAUGUCAUCAUCACAGUGGAAUCCAUUUGAAGAAAUAAACAACGAACUUAGAUAAGAAGGUGGGAUAGUGCUCUUUGUUAACCAACUUUUAUGCUUGUGUUCACAGCUUUUACAUCUCCAUCAUAGUACAGGACGAGACACACUCCUGCUUCUUUUUUUGUUUGGUU